AUGGCGAACUGGGUGCGCGAACCCCGAGCGCAGAGAGGCGCCGGUCGGGAGUGCGUCCUGCGCAACCGCAGCGUGCUCCUGCAGUGGCGCCGCCCGGCCGUGCCGCUGCGCCGCGCGCGCGCCUUUGCGCUCAACUGCUCGUGGCGCGGCUCGCACACUCGCUUCCCCUGCGAGCGCGUGCUGCUCGGCGCCGCCUGCCGCGACUACCUGCUGCCCUUCGUGCACGACGGUGUGCGCUACCGUCUGUGCCUGCAGCCGCUGCCGCCGCGCGCUGAGCCCGCCGCCGCCCCGGAGCCCGCCGAGUGCGUGGAGUUCACCGCCGAGCCUGCCGCCAUGCGCGAGAUCGUGGUGGCCAUGACGGCGGUGGGCGGCUCCAUCUGCGUCAUGUUGGUGGUCAUCUGCCUACUGGUGGCCUACAUCACUGAGAACCUCAUGCACCCCGCGCCGCGGCGCCCUGGCCUGCGCAGGCAGGCCUGAAGCGCCCACCCGGGCGCAGAUACCCCGAGCCCUGCGCGCGCCCCAUCUUUCCUCGACCCGUCCUUUCCUGGAGAUCCCGGGAGGAUCUGAUGGAAGCGUCGGGGCCCGGCUGGCCCACGCGGGGACCUCGGCGUAGUCGUGAGACCUUCCUGGCCGGGCUCUGUCUCGCAGACUCUCCACACUGGGUCUCGGGGCUGCGCUGGUGUGCCAGCCGCGUCCAGUCGCUCUCUGCUCUCCAGAUGCCUUUGUAGGGGGCGGCCGGGACCACAGCUCCUUCCAGCGAGAGCCGUUGGCACCUGGAUCAUCUCCUUGAACUGUGCCUGUGCCAAAUUGUCAGAGGACGCACCAUGGUCAUCGCUUGGUCACGUUGUGCUUUGCAGGUUGGGGGGUCGUCCCCUUGGAGCCUGUCUUCCUCCCCACCCUACCCCCGUGGGCUUAGGUUAGCUUUGUGCCUUAGUAUCUCCAGCCGAUGCAGGAGCCACCCGCCGCCCCUCUGGCAUCCAAGGGGCUCUGUGCCAAGAACCGGCCUGUGCAUGCUCUGACCGAGUGCCCCCACUCCCGCCCCUCGGGCACCCCCUCUUCCAGCUUUGUAGAAGCCAGGGGCAAGGGUCAGCAGGCCCGUGUGUCUUCCAUGGGUGAGGAUGAGCCAAGAGCCAUGACUUAGCUCAGCACUCCGGGCCCAGAGUCUGGCAGCUGCAUCCAGUGGUGAGUGACCCCCCACCGUGGGGAGGCUGGCUCCCCCUUUCCUUCUGGGUUUUAUGCCUUGAUUGGGAUCUUUGUGGGAAGUGGGGCAGGUGAUCAGGACAGCACUGGAUCCUCAGGGCAGGAGAGCUGCCAUUCUUGCUCAGCUGGACCAUCUAUGGUCCAUUUCCCGAGCCUCAACCAACCCAGCAAACCUCAGUGGCCACAGCGUGACCAGCUGCACCCCAGCAUUGGGUUGGGAGCCCAGGCUCUGAUCCCAGCAGCACUGCUGCCCAGCCACCAUGGACAGAGGCCAACCCUGCCCACCUGGCAGGCCCGAGGCCUGAUGAUGUUGGACACUGCCCAGCUCCGCAGGAGCCCUGGGCUACCACCUGGACUUCACCCUGGCACGUCCUGGUCCCUGUGGCUAACUCACCCUGCACCUCAAAGCCCUGAGCCCUGGCUCAUGCCCCUGAAGCACUCACACCCUACCUCUGUCUUUGCUCUGCCCGCUCCUUGUGAGGUGCUGGUCAGGUGCGGACCUGGCACCCAUGUCUAAAUGUCCAUCAUUCCUA